GUUCUCAAGUACAACUUGUCUGUUAUGUCUUUCAGAACUCAGCCAGCUAAUUAAUUGUACCCAACAUGGUCCUUCUCCUGGUGCUCACGGCCGCCAUCAGCCUGCUGCCAGGCGCAACAUCUCAAGCUAUUGGUCCACUUAUUCCCUUGUUCGAGUGUCCCAUUAACUACUAUGGAGAGACUUACGUUGAAGCAUUUGGGAUCGCUCUCGGGAAUGUAUUUACGCUGCUCUUUGGCAACCAAACUAGCUCUGACUUCAUGACUUUCACCUUUGAAGACCUGGUGCAACUUGUCGCUUUUGGGCCAACCUUUAUUGUUGCUGAUGAAACUUCUGAAUUUGCCCUAAAUCUGCCAGACCUUGUUGGGACGUCACCGUGCUUUUACGGUAUCGGUUUGUUUUCUUCUUCGAAUACGAUCCUUUUGCAUUUCCGCACAUUUGGAAAUCAGGGAGCGUACCUAGUCACCUCGCUCGUGCCACUGACCGUCACGACAACAGUGGGGGGACAGCUGGUCAGCGCGACAGAGUUGUCAGCUCCUGAAACAUAUGCUUACCUUCGAGGCUGCAGACACGAGGGUCAAUUCUAUCCAGUAGGAACAGAGACAUGUGUCUCCGGAACUGUCUUUGUGACAUGUAAUUCAACAGCUUUCCUCACCGUUUCGAACGAUGACCCAAGAUGCUCAAGGAAGUCUGGGUGCACCAUGACUGUGAUUUGGAGCCCCAUUAACCAGCCAGCUGAAAUUCUCCCUACUUCACCCCCUCCUAUUCCAGUUAUUUAGUGCUGUCAAGCGAUUGAAAAAAAGUUGUAAUUAAUUAUGCUCUGUA